AUGUUGUCGCCCUCAGCAUCGUCGUCCGCAGUGACCAUUCCGACCCCGGGCAAGUCUAUCUUGAAGCGCCCUCCUCCCCCGCAACCCUCUUUCUUCGCGCGCAUCUCCAAGAUCCUGCCAACCCAGAGCCAGCAACCUGAUGCUGCCAAGGAUGAAGCCAGCACGCUUAAGCGUGCACAUUUCAUCCUCCCAGAGAUGACCAUGAUAUACCCUAUCAUGUCGACCAACCCACCCUCUACGCCGUCGUUAAAGGAGGAGAAACGGUCCAUUGAAGAGCGCGAGGCUGAGCGAAGACGGCGCGUGGUCAGAGGCACCCCGACCAACCCCGAGUCGAGCGCGGAAGAUGACUGGUGGAGCAUGGACAAGGUCGAAGCGUUCUACCGCGAGUGCUGCACGGGACGAGAAGAAGUGCCCGACCCCGCCAUCUCAGCGGCGUUCAAGCGUGCUGCGAAUGCUACCCCGCGAACAGUAGACCUCUCAGGUAUACAGCUCAACCUCGGUUCCGCGUCGGUUCUAUCCGACGUGUUCACAAUCGAGUGGGGUCUCCGUAAAUUGGUCUUCAAGGAGUGUGACCUGGACGAGAUAAUCUUGAAACCAUUGCUACAUGCGCUGCUUAUUCCAGGCACGCUCACGUUCUUGUCAGUCUCCUCCAAUAGACGGUUAAAGGCCACGGCCUUCCGUCUAAUCGGUGCGUACGUAACGAAGGCGAGAAGUCUGCAGUUUCUGGACUUGGCUCAGAACGCGUUGGACAAGAAGGCCAUCGAGUAUAUUGCAGCAGCGCUACCUGCAGCGCCCACACCUGGGUUAGUCUCUCUACGGCUGGAUGAUUGUUCGCUUAAACCGCAAGCACUCGAUGCGCUGGCGCACGCUGUACGGGUGUCCUCCCUGAGGAACAUCUCACUACGGCAUAAUCGUAUAAGCGCAACGGGUGCUGUGGCGAUCGCCCUCAUGAUUAAGGACUACCCUGACCGCCUCCCUGCUACCUCCACUGACGGGUCAUCCGUCCCGAGCUCCCCUGUGACGUCUCUCUCGAGUCUCGCUUCGCUCACGCCUCCUGCUACGCCAUCAUCUCCGUCUCAGCCGCUCCCCUCGCUCAACGGCAGUGGUGCUACUCUAGCACCACCCACGAGGGCAGGACCCGUCCUUCCCCCACCUCGACACCCCGCAACUCUACCACAAACGACCUACACGCCAUAUAUACCCCGUGCCCGACGCGUACCAGGUGUGCCUACGCCUAGCAACACGAACCCGCUGUCUCCUUCUGGACGCCCGGUGCCCAUAAUAACCUCAUCUGCUCAGGGCGGUGUGACCGCUCGCCUACCGCCCCCACCAGCACAUCCAUCUCAGUCCAACGGGCACGCACGGGGGACUGAGACGCCCAUCAAGCACGGACCGAGUGCUGCCUUGUUAGAGCAAGUUAGGGCGCUGGACAAUCUGCCUCGAUUGGGUGCGCUCCGAACGCUGGACCUGAAAGGGAACGACAUCCGGAACGGGAUUACUUAUAUCGCUCAAGUCCUCAAGCGGAAUCGAACGCUGAAAGUGCUCAAUCUUAGCGAGAACAAGCUCGAUGUUCUGGGUCUUGUUUCAAUUGCGGAGGCCUUGAAAUACAACUCGUGUCUAGAAACACUCGACUUGAGCAAGAAUCCUUGCUGCGGUCCUGGAUUGGAGGGGAUACAAUCAUUGAGGACGGCGUUCACGCUAAACGCUGCUUUGAAACGGCUGUUCCUUUCGUCGACUGGCAUGACCUCCGCGGGCGCUAUCGCGCUGGCCGAGUUCCUACCAGAAUCCGCCUCCCUGCUCCACUUGGACCUCACGAUGAACAACCUCGACCUUGCCGGCGUCAUGGCAUUGAGCUCUGGGCUCAAGCAGAAUCACGUCAUGCGGUGUAUGGACCUCAACAUUCCUCCAACGGACGAGGAGAUGGCAAGAAUGUGUCGCGAUAUUCUCGAGACGUGCAUACGCAACACGGAGGAAGCCGAGCGGGCAAGCUUGGGCGAUGCCGCUAGCGUCCAGAGCGGACGCGGGGAAGCCAAGGGCGUGUGGGGCAUGAUCGAGCAGAGCGAGCUUGCGAAAUCCAUCCGGGAGGACGACAAGAAAAAGGUCGAUGAGCAAAUUGACAUUUUGCCUUCUCUGUCCCGGGCCCCGACUGACAUCCUUUCCGCGGCGCAGACCGAGUCCGAUGUCGUGCUCCAGGCUCGUUCCCGGAAGAGCGAGCUCGAAGCUCUGCUCGCCCAGUCAUCUGGCUCGUCGUCGCCAGCCCGCCCUACGCUCGACCCGAACUCCGAGAUGGUGAAGUCUACGCGGGAACUUAUAAAGUCUGUCGUGGCCUUGAUCGAGAGGACCUCGGAUCCGUCGCAACUGGAGAUGUUGCUGGCUCUCAACGACGACUUGAUGAUGCUCCUCGGCCGGUUGGAACCCAGGCCAGAGCCUCUCAAGAUUCAAGGCCUCGGGAUCCUCUUAGGGAAUGGUGAUGCGAUGGGCAACGGGCACUCUGAGGUUAUCGCGACCAAUGGUUCCGCGUCGCUCGAGGAUGCUGAGGCUGACGAUGAUGACGAUGAUGACGAGCCGAUCACUCCUCGAGUGGACAAGGGCAAGGGUCGCGCGGAACCCGAACCGGAGCCGCAAGAGAGUGUCCUCAGCCCGACGUUCCUGAUCACGGAAUCUGACGAUGAGGAUGGCGAAGCGGUUGCUCGGAGCCCGGAGUCAGACGUGAUCGAGGAUGUUGUGUCUCCUGUAGACCUCUCGAGGCGACUCGUGGAAGAGGAGGGAGAGGUAUUCAGGAAGGGUGCGGUACUUCUUGGACCCGAAGAAAUGGAGGGCGAGUAUGACGGCGAAGAGUUGCGCAAGGAGCUUCUUGAAGCAAUGGUAGAGCGACCUCCACCCCGUCUGGUGGACGAGUACGGCUCGGACAGCAUUCCAUCUGAACGCGAACGUGCAUCCCCUGUCGCCACUUCACCAUCAGAACCACAGAAGCUACCUCCACGUCCUUACAUCCGUCGCUCCCGCUCGUCAAGUUCCGCAGUGUCCGUCGAUACCCAGAACGUCUCGUCCCCGAUCGAACGGUCGCUGAGCGGUGGCCUUACCCCUACCUCUGCGACUGCGAGCCCCAUAUCUCCGUCGACAAGACCGUCUAUCCUCUCGCGGAGUUCAUCUUCUAGCUCGAUGAGGGAAACAGCCGAACCUGUGUCGGGUGCAGCUUCGUGAUGAUUGUACACGUUAGCUUGUGCGACCCUCAAGGGGUUCGCUAUUCUGGUUUCUGUAUUUACACUACCGUGGAUAUCCCUCCCUCAACUUUACCCCAUCGCUCUGAUCAUCUCAUCCGCUGUCCUCCUGACACUCUUGCAUACGUCCACCCAGUUCGCUCCUUCGUUCAGCGACGCAUGAUGCAUGACAACCUACCAGUACUAUAGAGAGCACUAGUCCAGCAAUAGCACCGUCGUAUCGAUCUCUAUCUCAGGUUUACCAGCAUUGCGGCACAUUCGUGUCCUGUGUAGUUAUUAAUCUUAACUAUAGCUCCGAUCUGAGCAG